AUGGAUCCUGAAAUACAGAAAAUGAAGGAAGUUGUCCUUGUCUACCUUGACAGAAGUGGUGGCCUUCAGAAAUUUGUGCAUGAUUGCAAAAAAUAUAACGACUCAAAACAAAGUUACGCUGUUUAUCGUUUCAUUAUUUCAAUUAAUCCUUCUGACAUUGCUGAAUUGGAUGCAACUCUUGGAAACUAUAUUCUUCAUAAUCCCCUACAAGCUGCACAGAUUUUUCAGUCAGUAUGCUUUGUAGCUAUUAAGACAUUAUCAUUAAUUGAACAAUUGCAGACAGAAGCCCAGAUAAGUAUAUUGCUGAAACCAACACAUUUGCCACCUUUACCAAGUUAUGUUCUGAGUCUUUCUGCAUAUCCCUUUAAUUACACAUCUCAAAGAUUCUAUAUGUCUGAAGGGAUAGUGAUUGCAAUGGGAACUGUAACAAAAUACACACAAGGAGCAAGAUUUCUUUGUACUGAGGAAACCUGUCCAUUCUCUGAAGGGUUUAGGUGCAUCAGAGUGCACUGUCCUGGAGCUACAGAGUCUGCUACAGUGAGGACUGAUUUUGUGUGUAGCUUGUGUUCUUCACCACUGCAGGAAGACAUGAAAUUUAGAGUACUUGGUGAUAAACAAGUAGUUGAAAUGAUUGAUGCUAAAAUUCUGAAUGCUUUGAAAGGAUAUUCCACUGAUAAAUCACAUUUUAGGAUUCAGGCAUUUACAUUGUUCUUGAGAGAUGAACUGGCCAAUAAAAUGACAAUAGGAAACCACUACAGAAUUAUAGGAAUUCCAGCUUGUGUACAAAAUGGCCUACAAGCAACUGCAUGUAUAGAAGUCAAUAGUGUAAAGCUCUAUAAACCAAAUGGUCCUUCUUUUGUUAGUGAGAAUUUUAAGUAUCUUCUCUCACUGACUUCAAGUUCACGCUGGAGGUUUACUGCUGUUCUGGCCAACAUCUUUGCUUCUCAAGUUGUUCCACCAGGCACUUACAAUACUCUUAAACUUGCAAUAUUGCUGAGUCUGGUACAGACAUGUGAAAAAGAAAAUGCUGAUUAUCUGGAUCUCUUGAUUAUGACAAGUGACACGCUAGUAAUUGACAGGCUUCUGAAUUACAGCUUAUGUCUUCUGCCUCGUGGCAUACGACACCCACCUUCCAGUGAUAUUUUUCCUUCUGUGUCCAAAGAUAAACACGGAACUGGAAGUGCCAGUAUUCAAGCCUGCAGCGCUGCGCUGGCCAAGGGUGGCAUCUGUUACAUAGGAGACUUAAGUUCGUAUAAAAAGGAUAAACUUGAACUUCUACAGUCUGUGCUAGAGAGCAGAACAACAACAGUAUUUAUUCCUGGGAAGAAGUAUGGAGAAGAGGCUGACCAACAAGUUACUAUUUCAGUUCAGACCAACUUUUGGUCCUUUGUAGAUGUGGACUCUUCCUCAAAGAAACAUAUACAAAAGGAGAACUUUCUAAUUGGACAGAUGGAUGUGAGUUUGAUUCCAGCUAACCUUGUAGAUGGUUUUGGGCUCCUGAUCUACAAUGAGUUUCCUUCCUGUCGCCUGUCUUCUCCUGUUGUACAUCAAAUCUUGAAAAAAGCCAUUAAUCCUGAAGCCAUGCUGUACAAAGCCUCACAUCAGUUCAGAACACAGGAUUACGAGGAGUUUAUUUUGUUUGCUAGGAAUCUUCAUGUUGAACUGAGUUCAGAAGCAGAAAGUCUCAUUCAGGGCUAUUAUCUUGCAAGUCGCAGGGUGAGAAGAGAUUCCAUUCAUGGAUCAACAUUAUCAGCCUCUGCACUGAAAAUUCUGAUUUCACUGGCUAAGGCUCAUGCCAAGCUCAGUUUAAGACAGACAGUACUUGAGGAAGAUGCAGUGAUUGCCAUCUUGUUACUUGAGUCAUCACUGACCCUAAAACACGGCACAUCCGCAUUAUGUGUAGCACCAAAUCCUGUAUUUCCAUUUGACCUCAGUGAUGAAAGCUCCCUGCAACAGAGAGAUAUUUACCUCAUGCAGUGUCACCAUCAAUUGCUGAAGUUUAUUGCUGCCUAUAGCCCAGGAAUUCACAUUAACACUAAUGAAGAGUAAAAUCUCCACUGGAAGUAAAGCCUGAGGCUCUGGCUUUUUGAGAGGCUACAGUUAUAAUAAAAAUACUAAAAACUUAGAAGACAGUUCAGUGAUGUUUUACCAAGGAAUAAAGCACAGCUGACAGGACCUGAAUUACAAGUUUUGUGACUUAUUUGAAGGGAGGAAGGAUGUCUUCAUCCUAGAAAACCACGGCUUCAAAAUACAGUCCUAGCCAGAACUUCUCUUCCUGGCUACCACUCUCCAUUCACAGUUAUGCAAGAAGUAAUUUAGGAUUUGGGAUUUUUAAUAAGACUAUGACUAAAAAUUAAACCACCAGUUCAGAAUCUAAUGUUUUAUUUCAGCUACCUGAAUUCUGUGGUUUUUCUUGUUACUUCCUUUCAAAUGUAUCACUCAAAGGGUUAAGGAAUUUUCAGAACAUUAAAACUCUUCUUUUAAUAGUUUAAGUCAACAGUCUUUACUUAUGGUAUAUAGAUUUUGUAAUGUAUAAAAUAUUAUCAUAGUGCUGCUUCAUGUUCUGUGUCUUUUUUUUUAUGAUACCAUAAGAUUAAACAAGGAUGCCAGACACUCCUGCAACCAAAACAAAAAAGCCUGCAAAAGAAAUGAACUACAAAAAGAAACCCACCAAACGACCUCAACCUGCAAAACCCAGUGUUUCCACAUUAUUUUAUAUGGACUGCAGGGGACAGUAGAAUGCUACAGUUAGGAAAAAAAAAUAUUAGACAACUUUUUAGGCAGACAGCUCAAUGAGUUCAACUCUACCUCACUGUAAAAACAAAUGAAGAAUGCGAGGUAGGAGAUGAGGUGUUUGGAGCACAGUACGCUUCACCAGCUAUGGGCUUUCCUGUGUUUCAUCUUCCUAGUAAGGCUGUAGCACUAGACAUAAUCCUCAGCAAGACUUGUAUCCGAGAUACAUGUUAAAUAAAAAAGCUGCAGUAGAAUUGUACAGAUUUCCUGUCAAAUCUGGACAAGCUGAAUACUUAAGGCCUGUGUUACUCCUACCCAGGACAUCAUCCAGCAGGAUCAGAAUGCUAGUGCUCCCAUAGCCUCAAAUAAGUUACUGAAUACAGAAAUCCAAGAUUUUAUUCAUACCCACUGCUAACAUUGUAAACAUUCAUUUAGACUACACAAAUUUCCCCACAUUUUCAUCUUUCCUUAUUCACUUUUGAGCCACUUAUUUGAUACACUCAAAAAUUCAUACUAAGUUCUAAGACUGGCCAUAAGGCCACUCCUCUUUCUAGAGUGACACUCUACCCUGAACUUCAUUCCAGGAUUAUAAUUUUCAGCGAACAGUUACUCCCCUGCCAUACUAUGGAACCAAGCAGUAUUUCUGAUGAGCAAGAAGGGCAAUGGAAGCAUUUCCAAGUGCAUUAAAACUCCACAUUCCAGGCUGCUGUUUUCAAGAUAGGAACAUUAACAAGUUAAUUUCCUGUACGCUUAAUCUUACACAAAGUUAUUACCCUCACUGGCAUUUCAGAUCUCAAGAUACACAUCAAAAAACAUUCAGAUGGGUAAACGGCAAAAGUCUCAUCAUUAUGCCAGAAAAAUUAUCUUUAAGGGUAGACUGAAAUCCUUUAUAAAUCACUAUCUUUGAGAAGCAGUAUUUAAGGGCUUUUCUGCAAAAAGAGCACAACAUUUUAUCCUUGCUUUUCCCCAGUUUCUCCCAUAAGCUCUUGAAAACAGGAAGACUUGUAGCAGUACUACAAGGAACUGAUGUGGUUGCCAACAUGGCCAGCACAGGCUUUCCCCAGAUGGCAGUACAGCCUGCAGGAGCCUGAGUACUCUGACAAUAAAAAAGCA